UUGACCCGCAAAGACUUUGCCACACUUUUACAUUCCGCAAACUACCGCACAGGCGAGCCUGAAGGAUGGCUCAAUGAUGAAAUCAUCAAUGGCUUCUUCACUGCUUUGUGUAAUGCUAUGAACGACAAGGCCGGCCACACCAAGGGCAAAGUCCCGCCAUUCGCCUCGUAUAUAAGCGGCUGGUAUUCCUCAGUCACCAGAAACGGCAUUGAUGCGAUCAAGAGAUGGUCGCGCCGCAAAGGCAUCAUGGGCGACAAGCUUUUGCAAUGCAAACGCAUCUUCUUUCCAGUCAAUCCUGGCAAUCACUGGUCAUUGCUUGUCAUCUGCCCAGACAACCACACCAUCGAAUACCUCGACAGUCUGGACGUUGGUCGCUCAGAGGAGAAUCGCAAGAGCGCCCACUAUAUAAGGCUGGGUCGACAGUGGUUGCAGAUGGAGCUUGGAGACAAGUACGUUGAGGGGGACUGGACCGACGUCGACCGCCGCAGCGCCAUCCAGAACAAUGGUUCAGACUGUGGCGUUUUCACCUGCCUGAACGGCUUCGCCUCUGCUCUUGAGCUCAGCAACCCGACCAAGGAGUUUGGGCCUGAGCACAUACCUUACGCUAGACGCGCCAUGGUUUCGAUGUUCAACCUCGGAGGGUUCAACAAACACUUUGAGCUUUGA